CCUCCUCCUCCGCCGCCACCGCCGCCGCCAGCCUCUCGCUCGACAAGAUUAAUGGCUGACGGCGAGGAUAUCCAGCCACUUGUAUGCGACAAUGGCACUGGAAUGGUCAAGGCUGGUUUUGCUGGUGAUGAUGCCCCCAGAGCAGUGUUCCCUAGUAUAGUUGGCCGCCCUCGGCACACAGGUGUCAUGGUUGGAAUGGGCCAAAAAGAUGCCUAUGUGGGUGAUGAAGCCCAGUCCAAAAGAGGUAUCUUGACCUUGAAAUACCCUAUUGAGCAUGGUAUUGUGAACAACUGGGAUGACAUGGAGAAAAUCUGGCAUCACACCUUCUACAAUGAGCUGCGUGUUGCCCCUGAGGAGCAUCCAAUUUUGCUAACAGAAGCUCCUUUAAACCCAAAGGCUAACAGAGAGAAGAUGACCCAAAUCAUGUUUGAGACAUUCAACGCACCAGCAAUGUAUGUGGCUAUUCAAGCUGUUCUUUCUCUAUAUGCCAGUGGUCGUACAACAGGUAUUGUGCUUGAUUCUGGUGAUGGUGUGACCCAUACCGUUCCAAUCUAUGAAGGAUAUGCACUUCCUCAUGCCAUUCUUCGUUUGGAUCUUGCUGGUCGUGAUCUAACUGACUGCCUGAUGAAGAUCCUUACAGAAAGAGGUUAUUCCUUCACAACAACCGCAGAGCGGGAAAUUGUGAGAGACAUUAAAGAGAAGCUUGCAUAUGUCGCUCUUGAUUAUGAGCAGGAACUUGAGACUGCUAAGAGCAGCUCCUCUGUUGAGAAGAGCUAUGAGUUGCCAGAUGGACAAGUUAUCACAAUUGGCGCCGAGAGGUUCAGGUGCCCAGAGGUGCUAUACCAGCCCUCACUGAUUGGGAUGGAAGCUCCAGGGAUCCAUGAGACCACCUACAACUCUAUCAUGAAGUGUGAUGUGGAUAUCAGGAAGGAUCUUUAUGGUAACAUUGUGCUUAGUGGAGGAACGACCAUGUUCCCUGGUAUUGCUGACAGGAUGAGCAAGGAGAUCACUGCCCUUGCACCCAGCAGUAUGAAGAUCAAGGUCGUGGCACCUCCUGAGAGAAAAUACAGUGUCUGGAUUGGCGGUUCUAUCCUUGCCUCCCUCAGCACGUUCCAACAGAUGUGGAUAUCUAAGGGAGAGUACGAUGAAUCUGGCCCUUCAAUCGUCCACAGGAAAUGCUUCUAAACCUUCCAUCGAGCCCUUGUUCUCAGUAUUUUCGGUGUGCCUCCGUUGUCAGUAUUUUCAGUCUUUAUGAGCUUUGCAUGCUUGGGCGUGUCUCGAUGCUUUCGUCAUCAGUAUAUUUCAAGUUUCUGCGAGCGUUUUUUGCAGAUAUACUAGUAUUACUGGAUGAAGAAAUGGUAGAUCCAAGCUUUGAGAUAUGUUCUGCUUUAGUGAUUUCAGAUGGUGUGUGUUGUGAUAUGUUGAUAUUAGUGAGUGAGAACUGUAUUGGUUUGGCCUCCUCGGCUGUUCUGUGACUGCGGAACAUUAGCUAUGUAUGUAUAUUUCCCUAAGUAUUGGCUGUAUUACUAUGGUGGUUUUCCAUGUAGUGGUUUCUAAAUCUA